AAAACAUGGCGUAUGUUUUGUUUUGUGCGCGAGGACGAUGGUUACGCGCGGAGCGUCCGAAGUUUCCCUUUAUUAAUUAAAGGAAUUUAAAUUCUCCUCUCGGGAGAGGAAAAGUGACAAGUGACAAAUCAAAGUGUCAUCGCAUGCGGACAGUGGAAGAAGGAGGAGGACGCGAUGAACGCGACGAGCCUGUACGUGUCUACGUGUCGACUGGUGCUGCAGGCGGACGCCGAGGACCCCAACUCCUGGACGGACCUGUACAGGUUGGUGCCCUACCUCCGGCAGAGUCUCAGCUGCACCGUCUGCUCGAACCUGCUGAUCGAGCCGCACACUCCGACCGAGACCAACUGUCAGCACCACGUGUGCCGGGGAUGCCGCGGCGGUCGCAAGAAGCUGAAGCCGUCCUGCGGCUGGUGCAAGGACUAUGACAAGUACGUGGAGAACGUGCAGCUGCGGAUACUAUUGCAGUGCUACAAGAAGCUGUGCGAGUACCUCACCAGCACCGGGGUCUACCGUACCCUUCUGCUGUCUGUGACGUCCGCGAACAGCGCUACCACCAACGGGGCGCCGUCCACAAUUGGUGCUAGCAGUCUGAUGGAACUGAUCCGAGGUGCGGGUUUCAAGGAUGAGUUCAAGAGCAACGCUGGCCUGUCCAAGUCUGCGUACAGCAUCCUACCAUGUGUAUAUACCAGUACCACCUCUACGCAGACUCAGGGUAACAGCAUUCAGACCACCGAGGCCAUAUCCCAGAGUAUACCUGAAUCGCCAACGAUUCGCACGGUAUCCAAUGGAUCCUCAAUAUAUUCUGUGAUGUACGCUGGAUCUGGUAACAAAAUUACGAUAAAACGUAAGGCUGCUGCUACAGAGGACACGGAGACCAGUCAACAGGAGACUGACGGGAGCCAGCACAGCUCUGUAGGAGGGUCCUCGGGCAGUUUUAAGAAGCCAAGGUCAAGUUCCGCUAGAAGUAAAAGGAAAGGAUGCAGAUGCGGCAACGCCACUGCGAUACCUGGGAAACUUACCUGUUGCGGUCAAAGGUGUCCUUGUUAUGUGGAAAGUAAACCUUGUGUAGAGUGUAGGUGUAGAGGUUGCAGAAAUCCUCAUACGGCAGAUGGAUUAAAGAUCCGUCCACAUAUUCCUGAACUUCAUAAUUUACAAUUGCAACUGUCCACCUCUCUGGAUUGCGAUGCACUAAGCGGAGACCCUCUGGGAACUGUACCGCAGUGUCUGUCGACGUCUCCUACAACAAUACAAGUUUUAAAUGUGUAUUCUACUCCAAGACUAGAUAUUGACAAUGUACCGCAAAACUUACCGGCUGCUCUGUUAGUGGGGGAAGACGCUAUGGUGAGUACUGAAAGUGAAGCGGAAGACAGUGAUGUACAAAUUGAUGUGUGACAAAGUAUUUAAAUGAAUAUUUGCAAAGGUGAUAACAAAUACCUAUAGGAACAUUACUUUAUAACGAGUCCGCCUCUAGUUCUAAGCAGAAAAAGACGCAUUUAUGUAAAUAGCUUAAUCGAAACUGAUCGAAUCUAUUGAUGAAAAUUAUAAGAAUCAAAAAUAAUGCAAUUAAAAAUUAGCAAUGGCGAUAAUAAACAUGCAUAUA